AUGAAUAGAGGUGUUUUGCAGAGCUCACCGGUGCAACAGAUGGUGGCCGCCGGCAGCCCCAACUGGCCGUGGACGAUGAAUAAUACUACGAGGCCUCCAACUCUUCAACCACACGGUUUUAUUAAUCCGCCUGUGAAUUAUAUACCUCAGUACACUGCUCCAUCUGCUUCUUCAUGGAAUGAUAUCCAGGAGCUUCCAGAGUCAUGGAGUCAAUUACUCCUAGGGGGAUUGGUUGGUGAAGAAGAGAAGUCUAGUUUUAGCCAUUUGCAGGCGAGGAAGGUCGAAUAUAUAGAACAACUUCUGAAUCACCAGGCUUCCAAUGGCUCUGCAAUUGUUGAUGUGAAGCAAGAAUUAAGCUCAAAAAGUGAUUAUUUUCAUGGGCAUGAAAAUUUGGAGUUUCAAGCUUCAAAACCUACUUCUGGUUGGUCUCAAAUGAUGCCAGCAGCUUCAUCUCCCAAGUCAUGUGUCACCGCUUUGAGCAAUAACAUGUUAGAUUUUUCUAACCAGCCAGAUCUGAAGCCUACACAACCUGAUCGUUCUUCUGAUUGCAACAGCACUGCUACAGGUGGGGUAGCCAAGAAGGCCAGGAUUCAACCUUCUUCAUCCCAGCCCCCAUUCAAGGUGAGAAAAGAGAAAUUGGGAGACCGAAUAACAGCUCUUCACCAGUUAGUUUCGCCAUUUGGCAAGACUGACACAGCCUCUGUGUUGUUAGAAGCAAUUGGAUAUAUAAGAUUCCUUCAGAACCAAGUUGAGGCCCUAAGCUUGCCGUACUUGGGCAGUAAAUCAGGAAACCUAAGGCAGCAGUACCCUUUUCAAGGAGAGAAGAAUUGUUUAUUUCCUGAGGAUCCUGGGCAGCUGUUGAAUGACAACUGCAUAAAGAUGAAAGGAACAUCUGAGCAGGAUCGUCAUGAAGAGCCAAAGAAGGACUUGAGGAGUAGAGGAUUGUGCCUAGUUCCCAUGUCCUGCAUUCUUCAUGCUGGAAGUGACUUUAAUGGAGCAGAUUAUUGGGCUCCUUCUGCUCUUGGAGGAAAUUUUCGAUAA